GGCGAACGUAGCCUGCGAGCGCAAGUGUGCUCCGUGUGCUACCAAAGCGCGCGCGCGCGGUUCUUCGGCUCCUCUCUCGUUCUUUCCUCUUCUUCGUUUUUCUUUUAGUUUUCUUUUUUAUUUGUGACUUUUGAACAUGAGAAACUUUGGGCUCUUGUUCCUGCUGAGCUUGCUGGUGGCAUCGACGUGCAGCGCCGACGUCCUGGAGACAAUAGCACAGUGGCCGCUGCUCGAGUUCGCUUUCCCCUACGAUCCGGCGUUCCUCGAUCUCUUUCAACCCGAGAACGUCGUGCCCACGGGCCUGGAAGUCGGCUGGCAUCGAAUUUUCGUAGCCACGCCGCGAUUGAGAGCCGGUGUGCCGGCUACUUUGGGUUUCGUGCCGCGAGACAUGCCAUUGGGUAGCUCACCGCAUUUACAGGCGUACCCGUCGUGGGACUGGCACAGUGCCGGCAAAGGUGACUUUAAUUGCUCCAAAUUGAUCUCGGUGUACCGAGUCCGAGCUGACAGAUGCAAUCGUCUGUGGGUCCUCGACAGCGGUAUCAACACUUCCAUCGAUGACUUCACGGUGCUUUGUCCACCCAAGAUAUUGAUCUUUGAUCUGCAAACCGAUCAGCUCGUUCGCAUUAUCACUUUCCCUCGCGAGAACGUGCGACCGAACUCGCUAUUCACGAAUCUCGUGAUCGACGAUACGACGGCGACAACUUGCGACGACGUUUACGUUUACAUAACGGACACCACGGGUCCCGGACUUGUAGUACUGGAGGGAGCAACAGACAGGAGUUGGCGAUUCCUGCAUUCGUCGAUGUUCCCGAAUCCGGAUAUGGCGCAGUAUCAGAUUGGCCGCGACACGUUCGAGCUGUUCGACGGCAUAGUCGGAAUAGCCUUCUCGCCUCGACUGGGAAGCGUGUAUUACCAGCCCUUGGCCACCGAUCGCCUCUACAGCGUGCCAGCGUCGGCGCUGAGAGCCGGCCCACCUGCGUUCGGCGACGUGCUCCCGGUCACGCUUAUCGGGCGCAAAUCCAGCCAGGGCAUCGGACUGUCCGUGGAUCCACGCGACGAUACCAUUAUCUUCGCGCCUCUCAGCGAGACUGCCGUGGCUGCCUGGCAGCCGCAGACCAACACCCAGAGAAUUUUGGCGUACAGUCCGGAGCAACUGCAAUUCGCAGCGGAAGUACGAUGGGUAGAGCGAGACAGCGGCAACGUCUGGGCGUUAUCCACUCGCUUCCAAAAGUUCUUCCAAAAGACGAUCAACGCGCGCGACAUGAACCUCCGAAUCUUAAGGAUCCGAGCCGAGGACGUGAUUCCUCAUACGCCUUACCUGCUGAGACACUACAACGUGCCGUCCCAUCUGUCCUUUUACAACCGAACGCUAAGCGGUUUCUAAUCAUUUCGAUGAGCGCGCUUAUACGUCCCCUUCGGUACUCCGUUCGAGAAAUUGAUCGACAAACGAAAGACUGGCUUAAUGAUAGCAAAAUGUUAGCGUUCGGAAGUAGUAGAAAAUUAGUUGUCGCACGUGUACAAUGAGCCAUAUCAAAACCACAUAGCAUGCAUUAUGUCGCAAUUGCCACCUAACGAGCUUCGUUCGCCGACUCGCAGCCGCGCAAGCACCACCAUAUGCCUGUCCUCUUCGCUUAGACCGAGAGGGAGGGGGGGGGGCAUCUUAUUUUUAUAUGAUCGCGCAUAAGUUUCUUCGUAAGAAUCAUCACGCGCGAGUGCGAAUAACAAAUCGAUGUUAAGUUCCAUUUUCACGGUACAUCGUCAGCGGCUGAACAAUUUACGUGGCCGAUCCUGCGCGCCGCGGCGAUCGCUCGCGCGAGCGUUUGGUUGCCAUUCGCGCGGGGGCCGUCGAGAGCGUCAUUCGCUCUCUAUACUUUUGUUACGCAGGCAAAAACGUGAGCAAUCUGUUUUAUCGCGCUUUUACGCUUUACCUGACAAAUGCACCUAUCGUUGGAUUUUAUCUUUUCAAUUCAAUUGGCUUCACUAAUAAAAUUGAAGCAGUCUACAAGCUUUCUAAUUUUGAAUACAUAGACGUGGCCAGAAUAUUUGAGCUAUCUUUUAUAUUUCGUGGUUUUGAUUUUCCUAAUUGAUCAUUGAUAAUUUCAUGUA